ACAACAAAAAUUCCCUUAGAACAUUGAUUGAGAAUAGAACCCUUGUUCUUCUUCUUCUUCAAAACCCCAAAGUUGGUGUGGCCCCAAAAGUGAGAAUUGAGAAUGGCAUCGUCGUCGACUUCGAGCAGUGGACUGACAUUCAAAUUGCAUCCACUGGUGAUAGUGAACAUAUCGGAUCACUACACUAGGGUUAAGUCUCAGAUGCAGCAACCCAGUAGUAAUAGUAAUAGUGAUAGUAAUAGUAAUAGUAAUAGUAAUGAUAGGGUUUACGGUUGCGUGAUUGGUGUCCAGAGAGGUCGCACCGUCGAGAUCUUCAACAGCUUCGAACUCCUCUACGAUGAGUCUACACAUUCCCUUGACCGUACCUUCCUCGAAAAGAAGCAAGAGCUUUAUAAAAAGGUCUUCCCUCACUUCUAUAUACUCGGAUGGUAUUCUACUGGCACUGAUGCUCACGAAUCUGAUAUGCUUAUUCACAAGGCUUUGAUGGAUAUCAAUGAAAGUCCUGUUUAUGUUCUUCUCAAUCCCUCAAUUAAUCAUGCUCAAAAGGAUCUUCCAGUCACUAUUUAUGAAAGUGAGCUGCAUGUCAUAGAUGGGAAUCCACAGCUAAUUUUUGUUCGUUCAAGCUACACUAUUGAGACAGUUGAAGCAGAACGUAUCUCAGUUGAUCAUGUUGCACAUCUUAAACCAUCUGAUGGAGGUUCAGCAGCUACUCAAUUGGCUGCUCACCUUACGGGCAUUCACAGUGCCAUCAAGAUGCUCAAUAGCAGAAUCAGGGUGCUUCAUCACUAUCUUCUUGCAAUGCAGAAAGGUGAUAUCCCUUGCGAGAAUGCCCUGCUAAGACAAGUAUCAAGUCUUCUGAGAAGAUUGCCAGCUAUUGAAUCAGAGAAAUUUCAAGAUGAUUUCUUGAUGGAAUACAAUGACACAUUAUUGAUCACUUACCUAGCCAUGUUCACCAACUGUUCGAGCACAAUGAAUGAACUAGUCGACAAAUUCAACACUGCAUACGACAGGCAUAGUCGAAGGGGUGGGCGGACUGCUUUUAUGUGAAAGCUGAUUGCUGUUAUCUAGCAGUUUGCUAACUUCUGUUUCUUUUUUUGUGGGCAUAGCACAUAGGAGUCAUAUUGAUAGGAGCCUAGGAUCUGGUCAAAUCAGAAAGAGAAAUCUAUCAGGAAUUUCUUCUUUUUUUCCUUAUAUUUUUGGCUUUGCGUACCAUACCAAGUAAUUUUAUGAGUGGAAAGAGAUGAUUUUAAGUGUGGUCCUUUGUGAAUUGGUGCCUUUGUAUUUGUUUUGGAUGAAAGCAUAAUCAGUAGUCAUAACCAUUUUUUUGUUUUU